AUGAAGGCAGUAGUGGGUACGGGAAAGGCGUACUUCUGUACGGUGUUAUCGGCGUUUGCUAUUGUGAUAUUGCUGUUUAUUGGGUAUUUGUUUAAGAUUGGACAUGAGUCAAUGAUGGGUUCUAUUAAUGACCCUGAAGAUGGAGACGCUGUAGCCAAGACGGUAUUUGGAGCUGUGUUUGUCUAUCUUGCUUUCUUUGUGUUCUGUGGGUCACAAGUGGUGUUGAUUAAAAGACAAAGUCGAAUCCAGUUAUAA